AUGUUGAUCAGCAACCAACUGUUGUCAGCGAUAUUCGUUUCAGAGGUCUGCCCGCCUCUUGUGGAUAUAGCGUUCGUUCUCGACACCUCAGGAAGUAUCGAGGAAAUAUACAACGAGCAAAUUCGCUGGACCGUCUCUCUCAGCGAUGCGUUGCCGAUUGCUAAGGAAGCUGUGCGAUUGUCUACGAUACAAUAUGCUGGCUAUCCACUGACCGAAUUCAGUCUCGACACUUAUAAUGACAAAGAUGACGUUGUACAUCAUCUUCGAGAGAUGUCCUUCCAGUCAGGAGUGACCAGGACUGGAUAUGCGCUGAGACGCGCCGAGGACGAACUAUUCAACGGCGACAGAGGGGCGAGGUGA